AUGGAUUAUAAUGCAUCGAAGUUUCCAGAUGAUGUUGCAAGACUAUUUAAACCUAAUCCUCCAUUGAAAUUUUUGAAAGGAAUAGAUUAUCCAAUGCAUAAACGUAAGACGAACCCAAACAUCUCAGGUAUUACACAAAUUCAAAAUGAUAGAAGUAUCUCAUCGAUAUUUAAUGAAUAUAAUAUACAGUUCCCAAAGGGUUCUGAAAAUGGGCACCUUAAAGUUUACAAUGAGGUAAAGAAUCAAAAAAUUAAAGAAAAGAAUUCCAUAGAAUCAAAAUUGUCUGCGUGGGACCCAAACAAUGAUCCGAAUAUCAUAAACACAGAUCCAUAUAGAACUAUAUUUGUUGGUAGGUUGCCUUAUGACAUUGACGAAAUUAGUUUACAAAAAAUAUUCAUUAAAUAUGGACAGAUUGAAAAAGUCAGAAUAAUAAGGAACUCACAUGGAAAGAAAGAGAAUUCAAAUACACCAACAGUUGGCAAAUCAAGAGGUUAUGGUUUCAUUGUGUUCGAAGACACAUACAGUAGUAAAAUGGCAUUCAAAGAUAUAGGAACUCAUAAGGGGAUUGAAAUCAAUGGUAGGACCUGUAUAGUUGACAUCGAGAGAGGAAGAACAGUACGGUACUUCAAACCAAGAAGAUUAGGUGGUGGACUUGGAGGCAGAGGAUAUACAGAAAGAAUGAAAAAAUUUAGCGAUACGUACGGUGAAAGAACACGAGAUAAUAUACCGCCAUCAUUCCAUAACUAUCCCAAUACUACCAAUGUUGAUACCCAAACAUCGACCAUUACUCGAAGUCGUUACAACAACACUACAGUAUCCCCAGCCGUUGUAAAUCACGAACCUAUCCAACCAGCUACCGUAUCAUACAAAUCAAGAUCUUCGAGAACUGGUACCAGCACUGUAAAAGAAAAAGAAGAAAUCGACUACUAA